GCCACCUGGCAGUGUCCAUCAGUGCCAGCUGUCAGUGCUCAUCCAUGCCACCUGCCAGUGCCCAUCAGUGCCACAUCAAUGCCACAUUUCAGUGCCUACCAGUGCACAUCAAUGCCACAUAUCAAUGCCCAUCUGAGCGGCCUUUCAGUGUCACCCAUCAGUGCCAGUCAGUGCCACCUAUCAAUGCCAGUCAGUGCCACCUAUCAGUGCUGCAAAUCAGUGCCACCUAUCAGUGUCCAUCAGUACAGCCUAUCAGUGCCCAUCACUGCAGCCUCAUUAACGCACAUCAGUGAAGGAGAAAAAUCAUUUAUUUACAAAAGUUUAUAA